GGCGGACAGGUGUGCUGCCAGAGGUGCCGACUGCGGUCGGCCGCGGAGCCGAGACCAUGCAGUGAGUGCGCGCAGUCCGGCGGUCAUCUCUCCGCGUGGACUGAUCAGGAGCACGGCCAGACCGGAGUCUGGUGAGCCGCGGCAGCGAUGGCGGCCGCGCUGGCCGGCGAGCAGCUGCAGCCGGACGACCUCAGCGUGCGGCCCGGUCGCCGGGCCGACUCGGCCUCCCCUCCGCCGGCGCCACCGACCCCGUUCUCGCAGCUGAGUCGGCUCCUGCAGGCGGGAGGAGCGCCCGAGCCGCCCGCCCCGGCCGCACCACUGCGCUGCCCCACCGAACACUGCACCUUCGAGACGUUCAGUCGGGCCGCGCUCGAGGCACACGCGCGCGGACACGACAGCCGCCGGCUCUAUGAGUGCGACGUGUGCCAGCUGCGCUUCACCAACGGCGCCAACCUCCGCCGGCAUCGGAUGAGGCACACGGGCUUCAAACCGUACGAGUGCCGCGCUUGUAGCAAGCGCUUUUUCCGUCGUGACCACUUGCUCGAACAUAUGAGCACGCAUGCGAAGGCAGCCGGUCGCCGCCUGCCCUGGCAGUGUCCCGUCUGCGCCAAAGGCUUCCAGAGGCAGAUCGCUAUGCGCGCUCAUUACCAGAACGAGCACGUGCGGGAGGCGGCCGCCGGCGUGCAGUGCCGAUUGUGCGGGUACGCCGCUGCCUCAGCGCACGCCCUGCACGCCCACCUGGCCGCACAGCACGGUCUGCAGGUGGGCGCGGCGCCGACACCGGCUCCGGCACCGGCACACCUCCUUCUGGCGCCGCUGGAGCUGCGUGCCGAGCCAGAGUCGCCGCCCGGGUCGCCCCGUCCUUCCCAGGUGUCACCCAACAGCUCGACACAGGCGUCGCCGGGCAGUCCUGCCGAUCCGGGCCCAAUGGCGGGCCCCGCGCCAACUGUUGUCAAGACGGAGCCGCGGGAGCCGCCGGUGUCUGCCGAGGAGCAUCAGGACCAACAGGAAGAUAGAGAAGAGGAGGAAGAGGAGGGAGAGGACGAGGAGCAGCGGGAGAACGGGCCGGCCGCGGGCGCUCCUCUGCUGGUGCGCCGAGCACCCGGACUGCAGUCCACAAACGUGGGCGCCGGAUCUCCGUCGGAACCGGCCGGCGGAGGCGGCGGCUCGGACCGGGCGCCGGCGCCCUCCCAGCUGCGCUCACUGCUCCAGGAGCGGCGGCCGACCGUGGGCCGCGCCAGCCCGGCCGCCCUGCUCGCCGGCCGGCGCACCACCCACCUCUGCACCUUCUGCGGCAUCCUGUUCCCCGACCAGACCCUCUACUUCAUGCACAAGGGCUGCCACGCCGAGAACAACCCCUGGAAGUGUAACAUCUGCUCGGAGGUGUGCCACAAUGUGUACGAGUUCAAUUCGCAUCUUCUGAGCCAGUCGCACCAGUGA